AUGUGUUUGAUUGCGACUUGUGUAGUUUCAGCAAAAUUUAACAAGCAGAAUACCAAUGUAGAAAGUGAAAGCCCAACUUCAGAGGAUACAGAUAUGGAUGAAAUCGAAAGUAUUUCAGAUAAUCUAGUAUCGCUUAGACUAAAAUCGUUGGACAAUGUCAAAUUUGGAAAUGGUCAUUUUUGUAGCGGCAGUAUUAUUAAACCGAAUGCAGUGUUAACGGUGGCUCAUUGUGUGCACGGUUUAAAGAAAAAUGAGAUAGUGGUAGUCAAAGGAUCAUCUGAACUAGCAACAAAAACCAGUGAAACAAAACUAUAUCGUGUUAGAAAAAUAUUUAUUCACGAAAACUACAGAAAUACCACGAAAGUCUUUGACAUUGCUCUUUUAGAACUUCGAUUGAAGGACAAAGUAAAAAGAAAAACAGUGGCACUAGCCAAUAAAAAUACUAUAAAAGAUCUAGACAAAGAUGAAGAGUGCCAAAUGAGCGGAUGGGGUGCGAAAAAACAUAGUGAUCACACCGAAACGAUAAAGAUUACGAGUGUUAAAUUUGUAAAAUCCAAAACAUGUAACAAUACGGCGCCAUUUACAGGAAAGGUACAAAUUGGGAUGUUCUGUGCAGCGUCGCAGUCAAAAACAAUGAGUGUUUGCACUGGAGAUUCUGGAGCUGCUUUAAUGUGUGAAGAUAAAGUUGUUGGCCUGGUAUCGUGGGGAUUAGAAACUUGUGGAAAACAUAAUCAACCAACAGUUUAUACUGAUGUUGGAUUUCACUAUGACUGGAUUAAAAUAAAAAUGGCUAAAAUAAGACCAUUGUGUGAUAUUGAUGAUGACGAUUAUGAUGAUGGAUACAAUUUUGGUGAAUAA